GGAAACGGGGUGGGACGGUUGCGCACGCGCGGAAGCGCGGUGGGGGGAGCUGGCGCCUGCGCAGUGCGCUCGGGCGGCGCGGCCCCGCUGACAGCAGGCGGGCGGGGGGCUGAUGGCGGCCGGGUCCGGGGGCAGGAAGCCCGGCGCCCCGCGGGACGCGGAGUCCGAGGUCUGGUCCCGCCGCGUCAGGGACCUGGUGGGCUCCGGGCCCGGCAACCGCCUCUGCUUCGAGUGCGGCCAGCGCGGCGUCACCUACGUGGACAUCCCGCUGGGCAGCUUCGUGUGCACGGGCUGCUCGGGGGCGCUCCGGGGCCUGAACCCCCCGCACCGCGUCAAAUCCAUUUCCAUGACCACCUUCACCGAGCCCGAGGUGCUGUUCCUGCAGGCCCGCGGCAACGAGGCCUGCCGGAAGGUUUGGCUGGGCUCCUUCGAUCCCCGCACGUCGCUGCUCCCGGACUCCAGGGACCCACAGAAAGUGAAGGAGUUCUUGCAGGAGAAAUACGAGAAGAAGCGAUGGUACGUCUCGCCGGAUCAAGCCAAGGGCGCUGCUUCCCUGGCCAGCCAGAGCUCCACCCCAGAGGUGAAGCCCCAGCAGACCCUUCUAGGGGACUCGGGAGCAGUCCUCACAGCUGCCGGAUCCGGCCGGACCUCGGGCCAGCCCCGCCUGCCACACCAGCGCACCCCCCAGCCGGCCAAGAAAGCCAGCACGGACCUCCUGGCGGAUAUCGGCGGGGACCCUUUCGCCGCCCCCCAGCCGGCCCCAGCCUUCGCCAUGUUCCCUGCCUUCCCGGGCCAGGCUCCAGCCCACGCUGCCUUUGCCAAUUUUGAUGCCUUUGGGUGCAGCCCGGUAGCGUCGGCCUUCGGGGGGGCAUCGGUGCCAUUCCACACCCAGCCGACAGCCGCAGCCAGUCGGACAGUCCCAGGCGGUUACAGCUUUGCAGGGGGUGCCCAGGUGAGCGGCUUUGGCGCCUCCCCCUCCAGCCACCCUGGCAGCGGGAUCCCGGACAUGGGCGGAGCACCCAGCAGCCUCUUCGGGAGCCUGAGCCAGCCGGCGGCCCUGCCCCCGCCCGGCCCCGCGCCCGCCUACGGGGCCUACGCCAACCCCUUCGCCCCGCCCGCCGCCCCGCCCGCCCGGCCCAGCACCAACCCCUUCCAGCCCAACGGCACCGCGCCAGGUUCCAGUUUUGAUGGGUUUGCUGCAGCGCAAGUGGGGCCGCCGAUCGGGAUCUCCACCAAUCCCUUUAUGACGGCAGCUCCCUCCCCGCCCUUCGUCAUCAAGCAUCCAGCCACCAACCCCUUCUUAUAGCGAGGUGCCCGGACGGCUGCUCCGGGCAGGAAGUGCCCAUCCAGCAGGGGGCAGGCCGCUGCAGCCACCCCCCCCACCCCCCCCCACACCGGCUUCCGGCUGCGCAGCCCCGACGCCGUGGGGAUGGGCUGGACCAAGUGCUUUAA